AAGGCCCAACUGGGAUAGCUGCUCCUAGUCAGUCAUUUGACAUUGCUCCUGCGAGAAGGUUGUCCGCGCUCCGAGCCCAAGUCCUCCGUCGUCGUCCACAUCGCGUCCGCAAGUCAGCCAUAGUGUAUGUGUUUCUGGUGUCCCCCCUCCCACUUCUGGGAUACAUAUAAAAGAGCCACCCCCUCGUAGAGCUGUGAAAAAUUAAACAAGUGUUACCUAAGCCCAAACGUAGAAAACAAACAAAGAAUAACUAAAAAAGGGAGCAGCAGUUGAAGGUUGCGGCAAGAUGGCCCAGUUUGUGACCCACAUCCAGCCCACGCUGAUGGAGGCGUCCCAAGGUCAUGUGCCCCACCACCACGGACAUCAGGUGGGUGUGCAGCACUCGUCGCAUCUGCCCCACAGCGGCCACAACAUGCCCUCGCCGCCCACCCACAAUCACCACCAUGGCCACGGGCAUGGUCACCACACCACCAGUGGUGGUGGUCAUCAUGGAGCAGCCACUGGAGGUGGCCAUUCGCAGAGCAAGUCCCACCACCCCACCACCACGGGCCACACCUCGAAGGCCCAGCACCACAGCCCGCCCUCGAGGAUCCACUCGCCGCCGGCGGAGCACCACCCGGAUCACCCGGGUCACUACGAGUACUUUCAGCACCAGCACGAGCAGAUCUUCCACCACGAGGGAGCCAACGGUGGUGCGGGCCACAAGCAGCAGCAGCACCACUCCACCACCCACCAUCCCAACAAGCACGAGCAUUGCCCCACUGGACACCAGAGUUCGGGCGAUGGAAACACUUCCUUCCUGCGUGCCGCUCGCGCCGGAAAUCUGGAGCGAGUGCUCGAGCAUUUGAAGAACAACAUUGACAUAAACACCAGCAAUGCGAACGGCUUAAAUGCCCUGCACCUGGCCUCCAAGGAUGGCCACAUCCACGUCGUCUCGGAACUCCUUCGUCGCGGUGCGAUUGUGGACAGUGCCACCAAGAAGGGCAACACCGCCCUCCACAUCGCCUCGUUGGCCGGGCAGGAGGAGGUGGUGAAGCUGCUGCUGGAGCACAAUGCUUCCGUGAAUGUGCAAUCCCAGAAUGGGUUCACGCCACUCUACAUGGCCGCCCAGGAGAACCACGAUGCGGUGGUGCGUCUCCUGCUGUCCAACGGGGCCAACCAGAGCCUGGCCACCGAGGAUGGCUUCACCCCGCUGGCGGUGGCCAUGCAGCAGGGUCACGACAAGGUGGUCGCCGUGCUCCUCGAGAGCGACACCCGGGGAAAGGUCAGGCUUCCGGCGCUGCACAUUGCGGCCAAGAAGGACGACGUCAAGGCAGCCACCCUGCUUUUGGAUAAUGACCACAAUCCGGAUGUGACCUCCAAGUCGGGCUUCACUCCCCUGCACAUCGCCUCGCAUUAUGGCAACCAGAACAUCGCCAACUUGCUCAUCCAGAAGGGCGCCGACGUCAACUACUCGGCCAAGCACAACAUCAGUCCGCUGCACGUGGCCGCCAAGUGGGGCAAGACCAACAUGGUGUCGUUGCUCCUGGAGAAGGGCGGCAACAUCGAGGCCAAGACACGGGAUGGACUCACCCCGCUCCAUUGUGCCGCCCGCUCGGGACACGAGCAAGUGGUGGACAUGCUGCUCGAACGGGGAGCUCCCAUCUCGGCCAAGACCAAAAAUGGCCUGGCACCGCUCCAUAUGGCCGCCCAGGGUGAGCAUGUGGAUGCCGCCCGCAUCCUCUUGUACCAUCGGGCGCCCGUCGACGAGGUGACCGUCGAUUAUCUGACCGCUCUCCAUGUGGCCGCCCACUGUGGUCAUGUGCGGGUGGCCAAGCUCCUCCUCGAUCGGAAUGCGGAUGCCAAUGCUCGGGCUCUGAACGGAUUCACCCCGCUGCACAUUGCCUGCAAGAAGAACCGCUUAAAGGUGGUGGAGCUGCUCCUGCGCCAUGGGGCGAGCAUCAGUGCCACCACGGAGAGCGGACUCACGCCGCUCCACGUGGCCGCCUUCAUGGGCUGCAUGAACAUCGUCAUCUAUCUGCUGCAGCACGAUGCCAGCCCCGAUGUGCCCACUGUGCGCGGCGAGACGCCACUCCACUUGGCCGCCAGGGCUAACCAGACCGACAUCAUUCGCAUCCUGCUGCGCAAUGGCGCCCAGGUGGACGCCCGUGCCCGGGAGCAGCAGACCCCGCUGCACAUCGCCUCGAGGCUGGGCAACGUGGACAUCGUGAUGCUCCUCCUCCAACAUGGCGCCCAGGUGGACGCCACCACCAAGGACAUGUACACGGCCCUGCACAUCGCCGCCAAGGAGGGCCAGGACGAGGUGGCCGCUGUGCUGAUCGAGAACGGCGCCGCCUUGGAUUCGGCCACCAAGAAGGGAUUCACGCCGCUUCACUUGACGGCCAAGUACGGCCACAUCAAGGUGGCCCAGUUGUUGCUCCAAAAGGAGGCGGAUGUGGAUGCGCAGGGCAAGAACGGAGUGACUCCGUUGCAUGUGGCAUGCCACUACAACAACCAGCAGGUGGCCCUCUUGCUGCUGGAGAAGGGAGCCAGUCCGCAUGCCACGGCCAAGAACGGACACACCCCUCUGCAUAUUGCGGCCAGGAAGAACCAGAUGGACAUCGCCACCACCCUGCUGGAGUAUGGCGCCCUGGCCAAUGCCGAGAGCAAGGCCGGAUUCACCCCGCUGCACCUGAGCAGCCAGGAGGGUCAUGCCGAGAUCUCCAAUCUGCUGAUCGAGCACAAGGCCGCCGUCAAUCAUCCGGCCAAGAAUGGGCUAACACCCAUGCACCUGUGUGCCCAGGAGGACAACGUAAACGUGGCCGAGAUUCUGGAAAAGAACGGAGCCAACAUCGACAUGGCCACCAAGGCGGGAUACACCCCACUGCAUGUCGCCUCUCACUUUGGACAGGCCAACAUGGUGCGGUUCCUGCUGCAGAACGGCGCCAAUGUGGAUGCGGCCACCUCGAUUGGCUACACUCCGCUCCAUCAGACGGCCCAGCAGGGUCAUUGCCAUAUUGUCAACCUCCUGCUGGAGCACAAGGCCAAUGCCAAUGCCCAGACGGUCAACGGGCAGACCCCGCUGCACAUUGCCCGCAAAUUGGGCUACAUAAGUGUGCUCGACUCGCUGAAGACCAUCACCAAGGAGGACGAGGCGGCCGCUGCUCCGGCCCAAACUGAGGAGAAGUACCGCGUGGUGGCCCCCGAGGCCAUGCACGAGUCCUUCAUGUCCGACUCCGAGGAAGAGGGCGGCGAAGACAAUAUGCUAUCAGAUCAACCAUACCGCUAUUUGACCGUUGAUGAAAUGAAAUCCCUAGGCGACGACUCGCUCCCGAUCGAUGUGACCCGUGACGAGCGAAUGGACUCCAACCGGAUGACCCAGAGCACCGAGUAUGCCUCUGGUGUUCCGCCGACCAUCGGUGAGGAGGUGAUCAGUCCCCACAAGACCCAGGUCUACGGCAGUUCGCCCAAGGCCACGGUGGACGGGGUGUACAUUGCCAAUGGAUCUGGUCACGAUGAGCCGCCGCAUGUGGGCCGCAAACUGAGCUGGAAGAGCUUCCUGGUGUCCUUCCUGGUGGAUGCCCGUGGAGGAGCCAUGCGGGGCUGCCGGCACAGUGGCGUCCGCAUGAUCAUCCCCUCGCGGUCCACCUGUCAGCCGACCAGGGUCACCUGUCGCUAUGUGAAGCCGCAGCGCACCAUGCAUCCGCCCCAGCUGAUGGAGGGCGAGGCCCUGGCCAGUCGUGUCCUGGAACUGGGUCCCUGCUCCACCAAGUUCAUUGGGCCGGUGAUCAUGGAGGUGCCGCACUUUGCCUCGCUGCGCGGCAAGGAGCGCGAGAUCAUAAUCCUGCGCUCGGACAAUGGCGAGACUUGGCGGGAGCACACCAUCGAUAACUCCGAGGAGAUCAUACACGACGUUCUGCAGCAGUGCUUCGAGCCAGAGGAGAUUGCCCAACUGGAGGAGCAGGCUGGCAACCAUGUCUGCCGGUUCGUCACCUACGACUUCCCCCAGUACUUUGCCGUCGUGUCGCGCAUUCGCCAGGAGGUCCAUGCCAUUGGUCCCGAGGGCGGCAUGGUGUCCAGCACCGUGGUGCCACAGGUGCAGGCCGUCUUCCCACAGGGAGCCCUCACCAAGAAGAUCAAAGUUGGCUUACAGGCCCAACCGGUCGAUCCCGAUCUCACCGCCAAGCUCUUGGGUCGCGGCGUUGCCGUAUCGCCGAUUGUUACGGUCGAGCCGCGACGCCGCAAAUUCCACAAGGCCAUCACCCUCAGCAUGCCAGCCCCCAAGGCUCACAGCCAGGGGAUGAUCAAUCAGUACUCGGGCAACACGCCCACCCUGCGGCUGCUAUGCUCCAUAACAGGCGGACCAUCCCGCGCUCAAUGGGAGGACGUCACCGGUUCCACGCCCCUGACAUUUGUCAACGACUGUGUCUCCUUUACGACCACGGUAUCAGCUCGUUUCUGGCUUAUGGAUUGCCGCAAUAUCUCGGAUGCCACCAAAAUGGCCACCGAACUGUACAAGGAAGUUAUUCACGUACCGUUCAUUGCCAAGUUCGUGGUGUUCGCCAAAAAGAUCGAACCUUUCGAGGCCAGACUCCGAGUCUUCUGCAUGACCGACGAUCGAGAGGACAAAACUCUAGAGAAGCAUGAGCUCUACACGGAGGUGGCCAAGAGCCGGGAUGUCGAGGUGCUCGAGGGUAAGCCGCAGUACAUCGAGAUGGCCGGAAACCUGGUUCCCGUGACCAAAUCGGGCGACCAGCUGCAGUUGCAGUUCAAGGCCUUCCGCGAGAACCGUCUGCCCUUCACUGUGCGGGUUAAGGACCAGCAUGCCGAUAUUGUCGGUCGCACCUUGUUCAUGAAGGAACCGAAGGUGGCCAAGGGCGAGCCACCGCAACAGCCCAUCUGCAUCCUGAACAUCGUGCUCCCGGAGGCCGUAAUCCCCGACUCCACCACCGCCUUCUCGGACCGCGUCACCUCUGCCUACAGGACCUCAAUGUUCAGUUUGAGCAAACAUCAGAAUGACCAUUACAUCGGCGACAUUCGCAUCGUUGAUCUGUCCAACCUUUUGGGCAAGGACUGGAUUCAGCUGGCCCCAGAGAUUGGCAUCAAUGCUGAGGAGAUCGACGAGAUCAUCAACCAGAACACAGACAGUAUUGCCAGGCAAGCGCAGAGCAUGAUCCGGCUGUAUAAGGACAAGCCCAACUACGAUAUCCUCUUGCUGGAAACGGCCCUCAAAAACAUUGGACGGGACGACAUCAUGAAGAAGUGCAAGAGUGGGCGACUAUCGCAUUCGCGCGAGUUCGACGAGACUGACAUCAUGAAGAACUCGGAGUCCGUGGAGGAGCUCGUUCGCAGAGAAAGCAAGCGAAUUCAGCAAAUCAACGAACGCGAGGAAGUCAAAUACUCUGCUGAGGAGAAGGAAGUCGAGGAGUCCGAGUCCGAUGAGGAAGCUGCCAAGAGAACGGUUGCCGAGCGACGGGAGAAGAUUGUCAAGCGCCUGUCCGUGGAGCGUUCAAUUCCUGCCUCGACUCAGAAGAGAGAGAUCACCCGCGAGAUAACCGAGAUUAAGAGGAAAAGUCUUAUCGAGGACAAGAAGGCUCACCAUGAGUCCGAGAUACUUAUGCAAUUGCCUGCCGAUAACGUGAUCAUCAAGACAGCCACUGUACCCGACCAAGUCAUCAAGAUGAAGAUGGGCAAGAUGGACUCCACCGAGGUUAGCAAAAGCGAGUUCGACAAGGAACUGACCCACAAGUUCAAGACAUCCGGGCGCAGCUCAGAGGAGGAAGACCAGCCAUCAUCCCCAGAUCAGACCGACAAGAUUGUCCAGGACAUCAGUGCUGCCGAAAAGAAGGAGAAGGAUGGCGUCACCUUCAGUCGGGUGACGACGAUUACCCGUCAAGAGGCCCGCGACAUCACCGAGGACUUCCUGGAGAUCGAGAAGCGCAGCCAACUGCCAGCUACUUCCACCACCGCGACCGUUCACGAGAAGUUCGUUGAGGAGGUCAAGGAAAAGACAAGCCCCCUGGCCUCAGUGCCGCAGGAGACCGUCAAAGAGGUCCAGCAAGUCAUUAGCGAGGUGACCGAAAUUGCCAGCAAGAAAGUUGAGAACAUUAUUAGCUCCUUCGAGAGCAGCAAACCUGUGGAAGUCACUGCUACCCUGCCCUCAACUCAGGCGGCUGUCGAAACAACGAAGGUCAGCGAGACCAUUAAAAACCUGGAGGAAGCCAAGACCAUGACUCAGGAGCAAGGAAAAAAUGUCCAGGUCAUUGAGAGCUCAAGUAUUGAAGAGACAAUUGCGGAAUUCGAAGCCAAGAAGGUUAAAUAUGACUUCCAUGGCGGCGAGCCCAAAACCCAAAUCCCUAAGUUCACACGACAACCCAGCAAGGACUCUAUGAAGCCCACAGCAGCUCCGCGUGCUACAGUUGAAUCCGAAAUUGAUUCAGUCAUUGAAAUUAAGUCCGAUAAACCGAUCUCGAAAAUCCCCGUGAAGACCAUACAAACCGAAGCUCAAAAGGUUGCCGAAGUGGAUGCACGAAAGAUCACUCAAGACUUCUUGCAGGGCGAGAAACUGGCUGCCGAACCCAAGGCAACGCCAGCUGCCAGCAAGAUUCCCAAAGUGGAGCCGAGAAAAUCGGUGGACAAGCAGGUCGACCGGGAGUCCAAAAUUCUGGAUGAUGUUGUGGCCUCCACGGCUACCAUUAUGACUGCAGGUCUGGGGAGCGAACAGCUCAAGGAGAAACCCGUCGAACAGUCUGAAAUUAUCGCCAAGGCCGAGACAGUCACCGAAAAGGUAACCGAGCUGCUCGACACCUUCCACAAGAUCGAGGAGAAAGUGGCCAAGUCUGAGAAGACCUCGGACAUUUCCAGCAAAGUGGAGGAUUUAGUCAAGAUUGAACACGAGCCGCUUUCGCAAGUUGCACCUAAAGAGGAUAAAGUGGCCGGAAAGGUGGCAGAGGUAGUUGAAACAUUCCACAAGAUCGAGGAGCAGAUAACGGCCGCCGAAACGCGCAAGCUUACCCACGAUUUCCUCAGUAUGGAACAGCAAACCCAAUUGCCGAGCAUUCCACAAGUCGCUGAGAAGCCCCUUGAAUCCAGUCUGACAUCCACAAGCGCAUCGGAACCUGAAUCCAUAGUUACCGUGAAACACUCGCCGCCAGCGAGUAAGAUACCUGUGGUGGAGCCCAGAAAGUCCCUUAUCGAGGAGGCUCCAAAGCCUCUGAUUGAGCCUGAGCCUGUGAAGGUCACCGAAAAGAAGUCCCUGGAUGAGCGACAACUUACCGCUGAUUUCUUGAGCAUGGAGCAACAAAGCCAGCUGGUGGCCGAGCCUGCCAAAACGCUAGUGGAGGAGGUAAUGAAGACAGCCGAGCAAAUGGUGGAGCAACCCAAGCAGCAAAAGCCACUUAAUGAGCGUCAGCUUACAGAGGAUUUCCUAGCUAUGGAACAGGAGACACAACUGCCGUCAAAGGUCCUCAGCACUGAGGCUAAGAAAACAGAUAGCCUGAUCGAUGGCAUUGAGUCAGCGGCUCCAGUUGGAGACAAUGCAUCUUCAUUCCACACACCCAAGCUGACCACCAGUGUGGUGACCCAGGAGCCACAACAACAACAACUGGCAAGUGGAUAUGAUAGUGACACCGUUCCACUGAGAGAGUCCUUGAAAGACGAGGGACUAGUUCCUCCAGUAUCCGUGGAGCCAAGGAAGUCGCUAACCGAUGCCGAGUUCUGCAAAUCGGUAGGAGAAACGAUUACAAAGAAGAUGAGCGUGGGCGUGAUUGAAAUAUCCGAUGAGCUCAAGAAAAUGGAGAGCGAAAUCCCUCACUCCCAGACUCCUCCACCCACACCGAGUGACACCAAAACCGAUAAGCAGAAUGAGGAGCCGGAACUGAUCAGCUUGGAACGUGACUACCUGGCUGACACUGUGACCACCCUGCAUACGACCACUGAGUCGACCUUCGAACGCGUCUCAGCCAUUACCAAAAUUGAAACUCUUCAGGAAAAAAAAGUAGACCUAUCCAGUCUGGAUGCCGUAAAGAUCUCACAGGAAAUUGGUGAUGUUAAAGUUGGUGGUGGUGAUGAUGAUGAUGGUGAUGGCGAGGCCGAAGAUCUUGUGGCACGCAUUCGCGAGGAAGCCAAUAUUCUGGUGGAUCGCGUGCUAGAAGAAAGUGUCGAGAUCAUCGAGAGUCACGGCCAUCAGGCCAAUGGCCACGAGGUCGCUAAGCUGGAUUACAACUCAGAAAGUGAGAAUUAUGCCAUCACAUGCGACGAUAUCGGCGGCGUCGAUGUUAUCAAAUCGCCCACCAUUGAGUCCAUGUCGGGAAAGUCGUUUGACGACAACAUGAGCUUCACCGACGAGCACAUACAUUUACCCUUGCAUGCCCAGAACACGACCACCACCAUGACAACGACAAUUACCACUCAGUUCCAACAGCAGCAGUCCCAGGUGCAGCUGCCCCAGGCCAUUUCCCAGGCAAAAGAUCCAGAACCAGAACUCGUACCCCUCCCAGUAGAGAGUAGUCGAGAAGAGAGUGAGACGCGGGCGAGGCGCAUUGAUCGGAAAAUCGAGAAACUAUCCACGGACAUGGACGAUGUGAGCGCCAAGUUCGAUGAGGCAUUCGAGAUGUCGGUGCCCGAGGACGAGAUCAGCGCCCUGCAGGGUGACUUUUCCAAACUCAGCUGGGAUGACAGCGUGUCCCCCACGACCAAUACCAUGGCCGAUAUGGCCCAGAACCAAAUAACUCCCGAUAACGAUAUUCAAGAGCUCAUCGCAGAAACAGGCGGCGAUUUACCAAACUCAAGUGCAACCGAAACCGAAACCACUCCCGUACCACCGUCGGAAUCGAAAGAAUCGGAAAGCAAAACCGAAACUGAGCCGACGGUAGAAACCAAUGCAUUCACUACCACCAGCCACGAUACACCCACACCAAAACCUCGAGUACUCAAAGCAAGCUCCCCAGUCUCCGAAGGCACCGAUAGCACCACCAUUCCCAGUGGCCCAGUGCCGAAACCCGAUUUGCCGAUUGACAUUAGUUUCGAUGCCGCCGCCCCGGUUCCGAAGCCACGUGCUCCCAUCAAGCACACGGAACCAUUCGAAAACCUGGCUGCCCUAGCUGAGCAGUCCGAUAGCAUUAGUCUGAGAAGCUUUGAGUUCACCGAGGAUAUUUCCAAGACGGACGAGCCCUCCACAGAGCUCUCCAUUCGAUCCCAGCUUCGUGACAUAGUCACAACCACCACCACAGCCUCAGAAGAUCACACCGAAAGCUUUGAGCCAACGAGUGAGAUUUCCGUGGACGAUGCCGACACGGAAAAAUCAGAGGGCGCCGAAAAGACCACUAGCUUUUAUAUCGGGGAAUCUAGCCGAAAUGUUAUAAUUAAGACCUCGACCAGAUCCGCAAGUGUUACACCGCAGGAGGAGGAAGCCCAGGGCGAGAUAGGAAUCGAUGCCAAGGAUGUUUCUUUGAUGAAGGAGAUAUCCGUCGAUUCUGACGAGGCCAACGAUGUUUUCAAGGAGUUCGUCACAAUGAAGCCCGACGAUGGUGCUGCAGUGGACAGCAAGAUAACCAGACAAGGCUCGGAAACUAGAAAUGAUAUACUCGAAUUCGAGAAUGCCGAAAAGGAGAAGGCAGGAGAACCGAAGCUUUCCAAGGUAACCACCGAGGAGAGCUUGACUACGUCCACCGGAUCCAGUGGUCGAGCAAUUAUUGAAAUUGCUCCAUCCAGCAGCGAAGAUCCCGACGAGUCCAGCAAGGAGAUUCCGGAAAUAGUCAAUACAAUCUCCGAAAAGACGGCCUCCACCGAUCGAUUUGAAUUGCCUUUGGAAAAAAGUGAGUGGGAAACUUCAGAGAAAGAAAUUCCAAGUGCAGGCAAGCCAAAGGUCGUUCAUUCGCCACAACAACCGCAAGAAACCGACAUAAAGAGUUCGAUGGAUAAGUCGCUCAUUGGUGAUAUUCUGACCGAAGAAAAGGAAUCUGGGGAAUUCCAGAAAAGCACCUUGGACAUUAAAGAAUCUAUCGUGGAAACACCAUCAGACUUUGGAUUCAAUGUCGAACCCCAAGGAUUUACUGCUACUACUGAGACCGAGGAUAUAUCAUCUUUUAUAGGCAUUCCUGAGGCCAGCAUGCUAACAUCAACAUUGGAGAGUACACAGCCUCCCGAAGGUCUUUUCGAUACCACAAUUAAGGAGACUCUCAAUAAGCAAGCAGCGAUGGCUCACUAUUCCCAUGAUGUUUUCGGCCGAGGGGAAAGGCGUGAUGAUCAUGGCUCGCUGGGUUUCAUUUCCACUGGCACAGCUGAGGAGCUAAGCUCCAUGGAAGAUCACAUGGCAAAGGAGGAGCAAGCCUCCCUGGGCUUCAUCUCCACCGAAACCGCUGAAGACUUUAGUUCCAUGGAAGAUUACUACUCGGAAAAACUAGCCAUUGCCAGUGUGGUUGCAGAUGAAGCUGCCACAGACAAAUCAAUCACCACCAGCACCUUUGAGGAGCUCUCGUCGGAUCAAUCCAUGAAGCCAAUCGAUGUGGUGGUUCAUCGGCUUAAGACCGAGUCCUCGCCAGACUCCAUCAACCGUUGGUCUAUUCCCGAUGUGGACACCUCAAGCUCCAGCGAGAGCUUCCACAAGAGCUUCGACAAGACCCAGAGUCGACCUCUCUCCUCAGAUUUAGAAAACCUAAUGACUGCCACAGGAACUGGUACCUCGAGUGAGUACCAAACGGCCCGGGAAUUCACCUCCACUGGUCGCACGGAAGGAACCGAAUACAUUAGUGCGGUCAGCACCCUUGGCAGUAGUAGCUUGGACUCCCAUUCAGAGACCUCGGCCAAUUUGGCCAGCAUUGAUGUCUCCGAACUGUCGGAAACCUUGGUCGCCUCCUCUGCCGAAGCAGAUGCCUUCGAGGCGGAUGAGAUGUCGCGGCUGCGUGAUCUCCGGGCCGAUGACGAGGACAGUGAUGAGAGUGUAGAACUGCCGGGAACUGCCUAUCCAACCAGCGAACAGCAGAGCCUCAUGAAGAGAUCGCAGGAAAUGAUUUUCAAGCCCAAGGCUGAGGAGGAAGAGCCACUGCCCGUUGAGGUUGUGCAAAUCGAGGAGUAUCCAAAGCCCAAGGAGGCGGAACGUACUUGGGGCUUAGCUUAUCCUUUGGAGGACAGCAAGGCAGACAGUCCGCGGGAGAGCGAAAAGGGUGAGGACAUCCUGUUGUAUCACGGAGACCCACGUCGCUCCAUCGACGAGUCCAAGCUGGCCUCGAGCCUCGACGAAGGCAGCAUUCUUUCGGUUAGCAUGUCGAGCACAUCCAACAUCGAUACUGUCGUAGAGAACUUCGAUGACAUUAUUGGAUCCGCCGGAUCCUCUUCGCUGACCGGCAUCGAAGGUUUCCAGUAUGGCCACGAUGAUGCGAUUCCCUCAGCCUCAGUGCCCGAAGAUGCCACAUUCAUGCUGGAAAUGGAGAGCAAGGAGCAUUCGCCGCAGGAUUCCAAUGCCAGCACACCACCAGGGGGAGAAUCGAAGCGUCGGGGUCACAAGCGAAAUGAGAGCAUUUCGGGAGAUGCUCUGAAGAACCUGGACAAGGAGGUGGCUCUCCUGGGCGAGGGCAAGGAAUCGGAAAGCGAGUCCGACACAGAUCCUUACGAAUCGGAAUAUGCCCGCCAGUUCCGCUCCCCUAAGGAAAGGAAGAGCAAAAAGAAGAAGCAGGCGGCAGCCGAAAUGGAUCACAGUGGCGAGCUGGAGAAGCGUCCCUUUACCCCCUCCCAGCUGGUGGCCGAGGUCAUCGUGGAGGACAGUGCCACCGAGGAGCUCGAGGCAGAGGCCGCGAUGAUCGAGGAGCGUCGCCCCUCGCAGAACAUGCAGGACUACUCAAACAUUCCCGACAUCAUGGUCACCGAGGACAUCAAGUCGCCCAUUCUCGAAGAGGAAAGUGACGAGUUCCCCGAAAAGAUGCUCUACAAGGUGCGCACCGAGGAGGAGUUGCACAAGGCGGCCGAUACCUCGGUGUACCAGAAGGCCAAGGCCGAGGAGAAAGAGCAGGACUUUCAGCGGCGAGUGCAGGAGCAGUACCGCCAGAAGCUCGAGGAGCUGAAGCGGGCCGAAGUCGGAGCCGAGUACGAUGAUCGCAAGGCUCCCGACUCGCCGGACUCCUUCGAAAUGGUCGAACAACCCGAUAUCUCGGAUGAGUUUGUGAUCAUCGAGGAGGUGGCCAAGGAGGCCAACGAAGUGGAUCUCGGCGGUCAGAGCAUAAAGAUCAAGCCCACAAAGUACGAGCAGAAGCACGACGAAGAUGUGGAGAAGAUCAUCAUCAAGUCGGCGCCAGCAGAUCCCAAGCUGGGCUCCCAGCUCUACAAGGACGAUCUGAACUUCGAGUUCGAGGAGAGUCCCCCAACUGCAGCUAGCAGUAGUAGCGAGCAGCAGGAGGAGAGUGAUUCCAGUGAAACGGCGGCGGCCAACAAGCGCUGGGUUGAGAUGCAGCUGACGGACAACCAGCUAAGGUAUCCCUACGAUCUAGCAGGAGCCGUGCUGGAGGACAUCAAGGAGGAGGACGGCGAGUUCGAGGUGGGCAGCAGUCGCAUCAGCAGCUUCAAGGACUCCUUCUCCAGCACCCCUGAGUACGAUGUGGCCGCCCGUCGCUAUCAUUCCCGCGGCGAACACGACGACGUCUCGAUGAGCAGUCUGCAGGAGUUCGAGUCUCUGGAGCAGGCCAUCUCCCUGGAGAACCGCAAUCGCACUCACCAAGGCUCCACGGACUCGAGCAACGGCAGCUUCACCCGCCGCUAUGUGGUCCGUCACAGUGCCAGUGGAACUGCCCCCGGUGACGAUGUAUCCGUCUCCAGUCUGAAGGACUUCGAGGGCCUCGAGAAUGCCUGCAUCGAAGCCCACCUCAUAGAGAUCAAGGCCCGGGAGGAGGCGGCUCUCCUCUCGCGCUCCGACGAAUCCAACAAAUCGAAUGGCAGUGAGAAGGGAGUGGUGACCAAGGUCACGCGCACCGUGACCCGAACCGAAGUGGUGCCCUCCAGUCAGGCGGAGAACAUCGAGGCCCUGCUCAAGCACAAGUUGGAGCGGGAGGAGGUGAAGAUCGCCGAGGCUACCGCCACCGAGCUGGAGCCCAAGUCGAAGAUCGACAGCCAGGACUCGGAGAAGGACAGCAUCGAUAGCAUGGAGAUCAGCAAGAGCCACGACAUGAUGACCAGCAGCAUUGAGAGCUUCGACAUCUCCAAGGACGCCACCACGAGAUCGGACAUUGACUCGCUGGAGAUCGACAAGCGGCACUCGCGGCAGGAGAGCAUCGAGUCCUUCGGCGACGAGCAGCUGGACCUGAUGAGCAAGUUCGUCAGCGGCGGUGGCGGAGUGACCCUGGGCGAUGGUCUGACCACCACCACGACCACGACCACCACCAGCACGGAUGCGGAUGGGCAUGAGCACACGGUGACCAGGGUGAUCACCACAACGACGACUGUGGGUGGUGCCAUUCAGGAACUGCCCUUGGAUGAGUCCGGAAUGUCGAAGGACGUAUCGGUGGACUCGCUGAAUCUCUGCAUGGAGCAGACCACCAGUUCGGCCGGGACAACGGCCACCUACCAGACCAGUGCCGGAAACUCCCAGAUGUCCGGGAGCGUUACGAGCUGUGCCUCCAGCACUCUGAUGGAGGAUUCGUUCCCUGGUGUGAGUGGCAUGUCGUCGUCGCAAAUGUCGGCCAGUUUCUGGUCCCACGAUGAGUCCACGAUGGUCGAGGACGAAGGACACGAUCCCGCGAAGAAGCAGUAAGCACUGGAUGGAAUUAAGGGAUAGAAAGAAAGACAGGGAGAGUGACAAAGAGAGAGAAAGAGAGAUGUGGGAGGAGUCACGCGUAAUCCCAUAUGAAAAUGGGGCUUGAACGGUGACUUAGAAUAUUCGGCUAGGUAAGCAUCACACGGCAAAACUGCGCGG